GAUUUACGGAUAACGCUCCGACAACAAACAAAAGAUCGAGGCUAGCCGUGCUCAUUAUACUUUGUCGAUCCGUCUAGUCUAACCUUACUAGUUACUUUCCUCCCAACACAGGCCUCUUCGUCUGUGUUUUAACUACUUUCCUCACUUCUUCUGCGACAUAUAAUCUCCUUUUAGGGACUCUAUUUUAGGCUUUCUGUCAGCUAAUGUCAACCUGAGCCAUUUCAGCGAUCGCUUUGCCUUUGCUGGCCAAGCUAAACGCAUUAGCCAGGUUAGCUACUUGGCUAACCAGCUCUGGCUGCCUCUCUGUGACCAGCGAAGCCAGUUAGCUUAGCCUGCUAGCUAGCUAGCUUUGCUAAACCCCCUUUAAAACUUGACACUGACUGACGCCAGUGGUUUUGGCUUGUUACUGACAAGCCAUUUUACUAAAACUCGUGUCGUAGCCAUGUCUGGACAGUCGACGGGCUGUGGAUUUCUGAUGUCGGUUGUUGUCCAUGGAGACUCUGCUCUGAACGAGCAGGAAAAGGAGCUCAACCAGCGACUCCGUCGGCUCUAUCCAGCCGUAAAUGAAAAUGAGACUCCGCUUCCCCGGUCCUGGAGCCCGAAGGACAAGUUUAGCUACAUCGGGCUCUCUCAGAACAAUCUCCGUGUACACUAUAAAGGUCACGGCAAAACCCCCAAGGAUGCAGCAUCUGUACGGGCCACUCACCCCAUCCCAGCUGCCUGCGGGGUCUACUACUUUGAGGUGAAGAUUAUCAGUAAAGGCCGUGAUGGCUACAUGGGCAUUGGCCUAUCAGCUCAGGGUGUAAAUAUGAACAGACUCCCUGGUUGGGACAAGCACUCGUAUGGCUAUCACGGAGACGACGGCCACUCCUUUUGCUCGUCUGGGACUGGGCAACCCUACGGACCCACGUUUACAACGGGCGAUGUGAUUGGCUGCUGCGUUAACCUCAUCAACAACACCUGCUUCUACACAAAGAAUGGACACAGUCUAGGUAUUGCCUUCACAGACUUACCACCCAACUUGUACCCGACCGUGGGCCUUCAGACUCCGGGGGAGGUGGUGGAUGCAAACUUCGGCCAGCAUCCGUUCGUUUUCGACAUUGAGGACUACAUGCGAGAAUGGAGGACAAAGAUCCAGGCCCAGAUUGACCGCUUCCCCAUCGGAGAGCGUGAGGGCGAGUGGCAGUCCAUGAUCCAGAAGAUGGUGGCUUCAUACCUGGUGCACCACAGCUACUGUGCCACAGCCGAAGCCUUCGCCAAAUCCACUGACCAGGCAGUGCAGGAGGAGCUGGCCUCCAUCAAAAACAGACAGAAGAUCCAGAAGCUGGUGUUGUCAGGUAGAAUGGGCGAAGCCAUCGAGACCACCCAGCAGCUGUACCCCAACCUCCUAGAAAGGAACCCAGACCUCCUCUUUAUGCUCAAGGUGAGACAGUUCAUAGAGAUGGUGAAUGGGACGGACAGCGAGGUGAGGUGUCUUGGCGGACGUAGCCCAAAGUCUCAGGACAGUUACCCCGGCUCACCCCGGCCUUUCAGCAGCCCCAGCCACAAAGCCAGCAGCUCCCAGCCCUACCACACAGGGAUCGACAGCAACUUCUGUAACGGUGUGACGUCUAACAAGAACCACAGCUCCUCCCCUCACAGUCACAAGCCCUGCCCCCCCAGCUCUGGCUCCACCCUCCCAGCCUCUGACAUCAGCCUCAAUGGGAGCCGCAGCCAGCAGACCAUCACCAGUAACGAUGUGGACAUGGAGGUCGACCACUUCACCAAUGGAGUGACAGAAUCAUCCUCCAAUGGUUUCCUCAACGGCACCUCCAAACACGCCACUGAGCCCGACGACUGUGACGCAGACAUGGAGGUGGAGUCUGCUCAGUCCAAGAGGCAGCUGUGCGGCGGGAGCCAGGCGGCCAUCGAAAGAAUGAUCCAUUUCGGCAGGGAGCUCCAGAGCAUGAGCGAACACCUUCGCCGCGAGUGUGGCAAAAACUCAGCCAACAAGAAGAUGCUCAAGGAUGCAUUCAGCCUGCUGGCCUACUCUGACCCCUGGAACAGCCCGGUCGGCUACCAGCUGGACGCUAUUCAGAGAGAGCCGGUUUGCUCCACUCUCAACAGUGCAAUAUUAGAAACUCACAAUCUGCCCAAGCAGCCCCCCCUGGCCCUGGCAGUGGGUCAGGCCGCCCAGUGCCUCGCCAUCAUGGCACGAACUGGCAGCGGCUCCUGCGCCUUCGCCUCUGUGGACGAUUACCUGCACUAGCCACAUGCACACACGCACACACACACAAUCUCUGAGGACCUGCCCAGCAAUGCCUUCCUCCGCCUCCUCCAUCAGUGUAGUCCUUUUUAGCUGAGGAGACCUUCCUCUGCACGCCCUAGUUGAAGGUUAACCAUCUCACUCCCUUCCUGUCCUGCUUUGACCAGUUGACAUGAGCAACACCGAGGAUCUGAGGUCAUUUCCGGGCAGAUCUUCAAAGUAACAGCAACACACCACACGCAUUUAAAACACAAGAACACCGCCUCCCUCUCCAUCGUAAAUAUGAAGUUGCGCCUCCACCUUGGUUGCUCCCAUCCUCCGGCCCUCAGAGGCUGCUGCAUCUGUGUCCUCUUGACUGACAGCCGGGGAACGGCAGCUGGCUUUAAGAUACUCGGAGAGCCGAACUCUUGUGGACUCGCCGCCUGCAGAUAAAGGGGGCAUCGCGCCGGGGUGGACAGCCUGCCAGACAUGAUAGAAAACCGGGUCAGACACUAAUGAAAAGAGGGUGGAGGUUAAAAAAAAAAAAACACAAACUAAGGAAUAAAAAAAAAAAAAAAGAGUGACCAUCAUGGCCGACCACCCUUUAUCACGGUCCCCGUAUACCUGGCUCACCAGGCGAACAUGCACACAAACGCAACAUGGAGGCCCCCCUCCCCACCCCGCGGCCUCCUCCCUCCUCUUGAUUUCAGGACCUUGGCGGAGUUUUGACACGUGGACUCGGGACUUCGAAGAAGCCGGAGAGAAUCUACCGUCUCGACUUGACGUUCCCCGUUUUUAAUCUUUUGUUUAGUUUUGUUUUUCUUGGGCAAAGUGGAGGGUAAGGGGGGCGGGGGGGUGGUUGGGAGGUGGGUGGGUUACUUGGGAGGAGUGGUUACCUGGCUCUUGUUUUGUUUUUAGUUCUCCAGGUUUACAAGGCAUGGUGCAGACGAUGAUGAUGAUGAUUAUUAUUAUUAUUAUGGUUAUCAUUAUAUUAAUUAUUGUUACUUGCAUUCACAGUAUAUUUGUUGAGCGCCAGCGAGAGCAAGUUCCACCAACUUACUAUAAUAAAGAUCCCAAUUCCACCGAUUUACCAGUGACCAGCGUGUGUACAUGUUAACAUUUAUAUAUGAAUGCAACAAAAAGGAAUUAUAUCAAUAGAGCGACAUAUUUAGUUAUCAAAUGAAAGGAAAUCAUUAAUGAAAAAAGAUCCUUUAUUGCUUUGUACCGACACCAGCAACCCCUGAAGCGUGCUGGUUGGUCCUAGUUUCUAUGUUGUGUGUUUGAUUGACUCCAGGGCUCCUCCGCAGGUAUAAAGUCAUAUAAUUACAGCUUAACUGAAUUUCCCAGAGAAUCUCCAAACACUGGUGGGAUUUCUGUGAAGGAACCCUGUGAUGAUUUCACUCCCUAACCCCCCCCCCCCCAGCUGCACAGCAGGUUUGAUGCAAAUGUUAGUUUUUAUUUUCAUAUUGAUGUCUAUGCUAAUCUUUAACCCACGAAGAACUCAGGAGCCUAAACGUCCCUUUGUUUAUCGUCCUCGGUUAAGGGUAGUAAGGUCCGACCGACCCUGUGCCUCGGCUUUUCAAGACUUGAAUUCGGACCAAAGUACCAGACCUGGAGCGAAGUCUACGUAACGAGCUCUGCAGUUGGUUUUUAAAGUCAAUCUGAAUUUUUAGCAUCCUGGAAAAAACGCCCCAUUUCUGACAUAUCUGUGCCAGCUCAAAAGUUUAGGAUAAACAUGGCAGCAGCUGCAGCUUAUCCUCAGUCCCAGCUCUAUCUUAGCUCAAAACCACAGAAACCCGUAAUCUCAGUUUGACUUUUGUUGGGUAACGACUUCUUUUCACCCCCCCAGACUGGCUCAGAAGCUGGGUUAUCUUUAUUCUGCUUUGCUCCUGGAUAAGAUUUUGCUAUGUGGAUAUUUCUUAAGCUGUUUCCAACUCUACACGUCUACCCAUGCACCAUCAGAGGAGGGCUUCCUCUUCAGUUUUUACCAGAUCCCCCUCUGGCCUCUUAGCAGUAAACCAUAAAGAUGCAAAAACAAAAUAAAGAGCAUCCAGUAUUGUCACUGUGGCGACCACACUGAACCAAAUACUUUAGGAAGACGACGGCGCAGCUCUGUGUUUAACCCCUGUUUGCUACAGGAACGCCAAGGCUUCGCUAGAUAAGACCCCCCCACCCCUCCCGCACACAUGCACAGGGGUUCGGAGUUGACAUUUCUCAAGGUGGAACCGAGCUUUUUCUGUACCUUGUUUUUUUGGUUUGUUUCUUUUUACUUUUUGCUGACCACAAGCAGUCACGGCAUCAUUUAGAAAACGUAGACAAAGUGUCUGUUGUCUCUUUCUGAGUACGGUCUGAAACCUAUGCAUGCCAUAGUAAAAAAAGUGGUGGUAAGAUCAAGUUAGAUGUCUCUUAUUUUAUUCUUUUUGUUUCUCCUUUUUAGCCAGUUCACAGUGUAUAAGGAAGAUGUCAACCAGUAAGUUGUCCACUGCUGACUGUGUGUCCAUUUGGAGAGAAAAAAGGAACAAAAAAAUGUGCAAUUUGUGUGAGGGUGAAAAGAUUUCUAUUAAAAACGACAAAUGAUGAGA